AUGGGGAUCUGCGAUGCACCCAAACUCUUUGAAGUGUCCGGUGCAGAGCUGCAGGGGGGGCCGGCUGUGUGGGGUGGGGAGUUGUUGGGGGGGCUGUGGGGGCCGGGGGCUUUGAUGUGCCCCUGGCUGUCGGAGCGGCUGCAUGCUGCCGUGCACCCAUCUGUCAGGAGCACAGCUGCACGGCUCCGGGGGCGCUCUGGACGCCGCUCUCACCUUGAAACACCCGCUCACCGUCCUGUAGGGGCUCUUAACACUUCUUCUAUUGAAUUAUCCCUGUUGAAUAAUGCUUGA